AUGGGCGGUACUCUUGCCUCAUGGGCCUGCAAGCUCUGUAGAUCUCCUGAAGGGUUUGGACCUAUAUCUUUCUAUGGUGACUUCACUCAAUGCUUUAUUGAUGGUGUAAUUCUGAACCUGUCAGCGCUUUUCAUGCUAACCUUUGGUACAAGAGAUCUGGUUCAUCUUUGUAAGAAGAAGCAUCCUGGGUCAAAAUAUAGACGAAAUUGGAUAAUUGUCUCUAGAAUGGCCCUUGUCCUGUUGGAAAUAAUCUUUGUUUCACUUGCAUCUUUGAAUUCAUCUAAGGAUGAGACUGGAGGUUUUACAGUUGUGAGUCAAUAUGCUUUUACUAUGUUGUCCUUAUUUGUCGCCUUGGCUUUACAUUGGAUUGAAUACCAUAGAUCAGUGGUAGCAAAUACGAUACUUUUAUUCUAUUGGUUUUUUGAAACAUUUGGAAAUUCUGCUAAGCUAUUAAAUAUCCUCAUCAGACACAAAUAUGAGGGCGGAUGGUACCCUGGACAGGCAGGUUUCAUAUUGACAUCAUUUCAAGUAAUUACAUGCGCUAGUAUCUUACUGCUAGAAGCUCUUCCAAAGAAGCCUCUGAUGCCCCACCAACAUAUACAUCAGAAGUUGAUGAGAAGGAAACCGAACCCGUACGAUAGUGCUAAUAUAUUCUCCAGAAUUACAUUUUCUUGGAUGUCAGGUUUAAUGAAAACUGGAUAUGAAAAAUACCUAGUAGAAGCUGAUUUGUAUAAAUUACCAAAAAACUUUAGUAGCACAGAACUCUCUCAGAAAUUAGAGAAAAAUUGGCAAAAUGAACUUAAGCAUAAAUCAAAGCCUUCGUUAUCUUGGGCUAUAUGCAAAACUUUUGGAUAUAAAAUGGUUUUAGCCGCGUUCUUCAAAGCCAUUCAUGAUAUUCUGGCAUUCGUGCAACCACAAUUACUAAGAAUUUUAAUCAAGUUUGUUACCGACUACAAUAAAGAAAGACAAGAUGAUGACGAUCCUUUAACUCUCGGAUAUGGUGAUAAGCCUGAUCAAAAAUUGCCCAUUAUAAGAGGUUUUAUGAUUGCGUUUUCCAUGUUCUUGGUUGGGUUUACUCAAACAUCUGUGCUGCAUCAAUAUUUUUUGAAUGUCUUUAACACUGGUAUGUAUGUCAAAAGUGCCUUGACUGCCUUGAUAUACCAAAAGGCUUUAGUUUUAUCUAAUGAAGCAUCUGGACUUUCAUCUACUGGUGACAUCGUUAAUUUAAUGAGCGUGGAUGUCCAAAAAUUACAAGAUCUGACUCAAUGGUUAAAUUUGAUUUGGUCAGGGCCCUUUCAGAUUAUUAUCUGUCUCUACUCUUUGUAUAAGCUAUUGGGUAAUUCGAUGUGGGUUGGUGUAAUCAUACUAGUUGUUAUGAUGCCAUUAAAUUCAUUUUUAAUGAGAAUACAAAAGAAAUUACAAAAAUCUCAAAUGAAAUACAAAGACGAAAGAACUCGUGUUAUUAGUGAAAUUCUAAACAACAUCAAAUCUCUGAAAUUAUAUGCGUGGGAAAAGCCUUACAGGGAGAAGUUGGAAGACGUUAGAAAUAACAAAGAACUAAAUAAUUUAACUAAAUUGGGUUGCUAUAUGGCUGUAACAAGUUUCCAAUUUAACAUAGUUCCUUUCCUAGUUUCAUGCUGUACGUUUGCUGUCUUUGUGUACACCGAAGAUAGGGCCUUGACUACCGAUCUAGUUUUCCCUGCUUUAACUCUUUUCAAUCUACUUUCAUUUCCAUUGAUGAUUAUUCCCGUGGUUUUGAAUUCAUUUAUCGAAGCUUCUGUUUCUAUUGGUAGGCUAUUUUCCUUUUUUACCAAUGAGGAGCUACAGCCAGAUUCUGUCCAGCGCUUACCAAAAGUAGAAAAUGUUGGUGAUAUAGCCAUCAAUAUUGGCGACGACGCUACCUUUUUAUGGCAACGUAAACCAGAAUAUAAAGUAGCCUUGAAAAAUAUCAAUUUCCAAGCUAAAAAAGGAGAAUUAACCUGUAUUGUUGGUAAGGUUGGCAGUGGGAAGACCGCUCUAUUAUCAAGCACAUUGGGUGACUUAUUUAGAGUCAAAGGGUUUGCCUCAGUGCACGGUAGUGUUGCAUACGUCUCACAAGUUCCAUGGAUUAUGAAUGGGACGGUUAAGGAAAACAUUUUGUUUGGGCACAAGUACGAUGCUGACUUUUAUGAAAAAACUAUCAAGGCCUGUGCGUUAACCAUUGACUUGGCAAUUUUGAUGGAUGGUGAUAAGACGCUAGUUGGAGAAAAGGGUAUUUCCUUGUCGGGCGGCCAAAAGGCACGUCUAUCCUUAGCAAGAGCAGUUUAUUCAAGGGCAGAUACUUAUCUGCUGGACGAUCCCUUGGCGGCUGUUGACGAACACGUGGCUAGGCAUUUGGUCGAACAUGUAUUGGGUUCAAAUGGUUUACUACAUUCCAAAACCAAGUUAUUGGCAACGAACAAAGUAAGCGCCUUAUCUGUUGCAGAUUCAAUUGCAUUAUUAGAUAAUGGUGAAAUUAUUCAACAAGGGACAUAUGAUGAUAUUACCAAGGACGCGGACUCUCCCUUAUGGAAAUUAAUCAACGAUUAUGGUAAAAAACACAAUAAUACACACAGCGAAACCAGUGAAUCUUCAACGAACUCAAUUCGCGAAAACAGUAUACCGAUUGAAGGCGAGCUGGAACAAUUACAAAAACUAAAUGAUCUGGAUUUCGGCAACGCUGACACUCAAAGCUUAAGAAGAGCCAGUGAUGCAACUUUACGCAGUAUUGAUUUUGGCGAUGAUGAAAACGUUGCUAAAAGAGAACAUCGUGAACAGGGGAAGGUGAAGUGGAACAUUUACCUAGAGUACGCUAAAGCUUGUAACCCAAAAAGUGUUUGUGUGUUCAUAUUGUUUAUCGUUAUAUCAAUGUUCCUAUCCGUCAUGGGUAACGUUUGGUUGAAACACUGGUCCGAAGUUAAUAGCCGCUAUGGGGCUAAUCCGAAUGCUGCUCGUUACUUGGGUAUCUAUUUUGCCCUUGGUAUUGGUUCAGCGUUGGCAACUUUAAUUCAGACUAUUGUUCUUUGGGUCUUCUGCACUAUUCAUGCCUCCAAAUAUUUGCACAACUUGAUGACAAACUCUGUGCUAAGAGCUCCAAUGACCUUUUUCGAAACCACACCGAUUGGUAGAAUUUUAAACCGUUUUUCGAAUGAUAUAUAUAAAGUUGAUGCUUUGUUGGGAAGAACCUUUUCUCAGUUUUUUGUGAAUGCGGUAAAAGUUACGUUUACUAUUACUGUUAUUUGUGCGACAACGUGGCAAUUCAUUUUUAUAAUCGUUCCAUUGGGUGUGUUUUACAUUUACUAUCAACAGUACUACUUAAGGACAUCAAGGGAGUUGCGUCGUUUAGAUUCUAUCACAAGGUCUCCAAUUUAUUCUCAUUUUCAAGAAACUUUGGGCGGUCUUGCUACAGUUAGAGGUUAUUCACAGCAAAAGAGAUUUUCACACAUUAAUCAAUGUCGUAUUGAUAAUAACAUGAGCGCGUUUUAUCCUUCUGUCAAUGCUAAUCGUUGGUUGGCAUACAGAUUGGAACUUAUUGGUUCUGUUAUUAUUUUGGGCGCUGCUACUUUAUCGGUUUUCAGGCUAAAGCAAGGUACCUUGACUGCGGGUAUGGUUGGUUUGUCGCUAAGUUAUGCAUUACAAAUCACCCAAACAUUGAAUUGGAUUGUUAGAAUGACCGUUGAAGUGGAAACCAAUAUUGUUUCGGUGGAGAGAAUUAAAGAAUACGCUGACUUAAAGAGUGAGGCGCCCUUAGUUAUCGAAGGUCACAGGCCACCCAAGGAAUGGCCAGGCCAAGGUGACAUCAAGUUCAAUCAAUAUUCCACUCGUUAUAGACCAGAGCUUGAUCUUGUUCUGAAACAGAUUGAUAUUCACAUCAAACCGAAGGAAAAAAUUGGUAUUGUUGGUAGAACAGGUGCAGGUAAAUCGUCGUUAACAUUAGCGCUAUUCAGAAUCAUUGAAGCUAGUGCGGGAAAUAUUGUUAUUGAUGGCAUUCCCAUUAAUGAAAUUGGGUUAUAUGACUUAAGACAUAAACUGUCCAUUAUACCUCAAGAUUCCCAAGUGUUUGAAGGUACUGUUCGUGAGAAUAUCGAUCCAAUCAACCAAUACACCGAUGAGGCUAUGUGGAGAGCAUUGGAACUUUCUCAUUUGAAAGAACAUGUGUUAUCAAUGAGUAACGAUGGGUUAGACUCUCAAUUAACAGAAGGUGGUAGUAACCUAAGUGUGGGACAAAGACAAUUACUGUGUCUUGCGAGAGCGAUGCUGGUUCCAUCCAAAAUUUUGGUGCUAGAUGAAGCCACCGCUGCAGUGGAUGUCGAAACAGAUAGAGUCAUUCAAGAGACAAUUCGCACGGCCUUUAGAGAUAGAACUAUAUUGACUAUCGCACACAGGUUGAACACCAUCAUGGAUAGCGAUAGAAUCAUUGUGUUGGAUAACGGUAAAGUGGCUGAGUUUGAUUCCCCAUCCCAGCUAUUAACCAAUACCAAAUCAUUAUUCUAUUCGUUAUGCGCGGAAGCCGGUUUGGUCAAUGAGAAUUAG